AUGGGGAUUCUGUGGAUUUUAACUCAAGUUUGUGCUUCAGUUUCUUUUUUUUUAGAUACCGAGUCUUUACUAGCUGGUCAGUAUGGACCAUUGAAUUGUCGUGUGGACAAUUCAUUGUUGGUUUUGACUAAGAAAUUUAUGCAAUUACAGCCUCAAGCAAAUGAAGAUGGAUUGUUAAAUUUAAACGAUGCAGCAAUGCGACUGGGUGUUCAGAAACGUCGGCUCUAUGAUAUAACGAACGUGCUGGAAGGAAUUGAUAUGAUUGAAAAAAUGGGAAAAAACAGCAUACGUAAUGAUGAAAUCGGGUCUCGAGGAAUUGAAGCACAAAGGCUUAAAGAAGAAAUUAAAAGUUUGGAUCUACAAGAGCAGUCACUGGAUGAGUCUAUCGCAAGUAUUUCGAAUGCUCUUAAAUUGGCUAAAGAGGAUCCAAUUGAUUUAGUCUACAAGUAG